AUGGCAUCCGUCUUCCGCCCCGGGGCUCUCGCCUUGAUCACAGGCUCGGCGUCCGGCGUCGGGUUCGCAUUCGCACAGCACUGCCGACGACAAGGGAUGCACGUGGCGCUGGUCGACAACAACGGCGGACUUCUCGAGAAAGCCAAAGCGGCACUGCAGUCGGUGCCGGUGGGCAGCGGCCAAACAGCUGGAGCGCAACCUCAAACGCUGACAUACCAACUCGACGUAUCCGACCUGUCCGCCUGGGCUGGGGUCAAGGCCGACCUGAGCCGACAGUUCGCGACGAUUGAAUUCCUCAUGCUGAACGCCGGCAUGAGCGCGAAGCCGACGGGGCCGACCGGCUCGCCGUGGGAGGACGCGGGGUAUUUCCAAAAGACGCUGGCGACGAAUUUCUUCGGCGUGGUGCACGGGCUGGCGACGUUCCUGCCGCUGGUGCAGCAGUCUUCCGGGGGGCCGGCGGCCGUGGUGCUGACGGGCAGCAAGCAGGGCAUCACCAACCCGCCGGGCAAUCCGGCGUACAACGCCAGCAAGGCGGCGGUCAAGAGCGUGGCGGAGCAGUUGGCGCACGAUUUGCGGACGUCGACGCCACACGUCUCGGUUCAUCUGCUCGUGCCGGGCUGGACGUUCACAGGCCUCAGCGGAAACCAGGGCCCCGUGCCGGACGACGAGGCUCGCGCCAAGAAGCCCCGCGGCGCCUGGCUGCCCAGCCAGGUGGCCGAGUAUGGCGUGGCGAAGAUCCGCAAAGGGAAGUUCUACAUCAUCUGUCCGGACACCGAUGUCGACGAGGCCCUCGACCAGGCCCGUAUGGCGUGGGCCGCUGGCGAUGUCAUUGAGGGAAGAAGUGCGUUGAGUCGUUGGGACGAUGCCGUCAAGGAUGAAGCGGCGGCUUGGAUUGCCGCUGAUGCUGAGAAGAGGAGGGGGAAGUCGGACUGA